AUGUCUGCUUUCUCUGCGCUCAAUGAAUUCGAUGACAAGCGUAUUGCGCACAUCAAACCCUUGAUCCCUCCUCAAAUCCUCAUGGAAGAUCUCCCUUUGACUUUGAAGGCUGCUCAAACUAUUUUAGACGGUAGACAAGGCGCUGAAGAUAUCAUCCAUGGUAAAGAUGAUCGUCUUUUAGUUGUCGUAGGUCCUUGUUCUAUUCAUGAUGUGGAUGCUGGUUUGGAAUAUGCCAAGCGUUUGAUUGAUUAUGCCGCUGGAGCCAAAGAAGAUUUACACAUCAUUAUGCGAGUCUAUUUUGAAAAGCCCAGAACUACUGUUGGUUGGAAGGGCCUUAUUAAUGACCCUGAAUUGAAUAAUACUUAUCAAAUCAAUAAGGGUCUUCGUAUUGCUCGCAAGCUGUUGUUGGAUUUGAAUGAAAUGGGUAUCUCUGCUGCUUGUGAGUUCUUGGAUACAAUCUCUCCUCAAUACACUGGCGAUCUCGUCUCUUGGGGUGCCAUUGGCGCACGUACUACAGAAUCUCAGGUGCACAGAGAGUUGUCCUCUGGCCUUUCAUGCCCUGUUGGUUUCAAGAACGGUACUGAUGGUGGUAUGACAGUUGCCAUUGAUGCCAUUGGAGCAGCUAGUCAUGGUCACCAUUUCUUGUCAGUGACAAAGCAAGGUCUUUCUGCCAUUGUCCAAACAUCUGGUAACGAUGCUUGUCAUGUCAUUCUUCGUGGCGGUAAAUCUGGACCCAAUUACAGUGCUGAAUAUAUCAAAUCUGCUGCUGCUGAUCUUGCUAAACACAAGUUGAAGCCUGUUGUCAUGGUGGAUUGUAGUCAUGGCAACUCCUCCAAGGAUCAUAACCGUCAACCCAUUGUUGCACAAGAUGUAGCAAAUCAAUUAGCUCAUCCCGAAGAAACUGGCAAUAAUAUCGUUGGUGUCAUGAUUGAGUCUAAUAUUAAUGAAGGUCGUCAAGAUAUUCCCAAGGAGGGCCCUCAAAAAUUGAAUUACGGUCAAUCAAUUACUGAUGCUUGUAUCAAUUGGGAAGACACUGUUAAGGUGUUGGAUACCUUGAGAGAGGGUGUUCGUGCCAGACGCGCUGCUCGUAACAAUGCUUAA